AUGUUCUCGCUCUCGCUGCGCUGGGUUGACGGCCGCACGCUGCCACUGCUGCAGUAUGUGCUGUCGCUGGCAGUGGUGCAAGCUAUUGAAGACAUGGCCAAGGAGAGAGGGACCUCCCUCCCGCAGGUAGCCCUCAAGUGGCCCAACGACAUCUUUCUGGGCGGGCUGAAGGUGGGUGGCGUGCUCUGCACGUCAUCCUACCGCAACAGAGCGUUUGACGUCACUGUGGGCAUAGGUCUGAAUGUGAACAACGCCCAUCCCACCACGUGCAUCAACGCCGCCCUGCAAGCCGCCUGCCCCUCCGCCGCGCCUGUCUCCCACGAGGCGCUGCUGGCCGCUCUGCUCAACCGCCUGCACUCGCUGCUCUCCGUCUUUGAACAGCAAGGCUUUAAGCCUCUGGAAGCGGAUUAUCUCCAACGCUGGCUGCACAGUGGCCAGCACGUGGUGCUGGAGGAGGCUAAGGAGGGUGGCAGCGUCACCCAGGUCUCCCUCACCAUUCAGGGUCUCACUACGGGUGGUUACCUCCUCGCCACUGAUCCUUCAGGGAUACAGUACGAGCUUUCCCCUGAUGGCAACAGCUUGGACUUCUUUAAAGGGCUCAUGCGUGAUGAUGCUCCGUUCAUCUCAAGAAUUUCCACCAACCUUGCUUCCCCGUUCCCCUCCCCCCCGUCUCUGCUCCGCUGCCCUUUCCGCUUCCCACCUGUCUUGGCCUGCCCCCUCUCCUCUGCCCCUUCCCCACCUGUCUUCCUCCCUGCCCCCCUCUUCUUGUCUCGCCCAUCUUCCCUCGCCCCUUGUAGCGCCUGGCCGAUGGGAUCUCUCUCUGUCACCCCCUCCCGCUCGCACAACGCACAUAACGAGGAUGCUGCCACCAGCCCUACAGUGUACUACCACCAGUUGUUGAGGGCGAUCAAGGCAUGUACAGCGAAUCCGGAGACAAACCCACAAGCAUCUGGUUCUCCUGCUGGUCUCUCGGCCUCCUCUCCCUCCAUCUCCCUCCAAGUCCAUCCCCCCAAAUCCACCGGUGGUGGGUUUUAUCCCAAGGAAGGCCUGGGUGUGAUGGGCAAAUGCAGGACCACAAGGGCUGGUCCGGCUAGUGAUAGGGCUAUGAAUGAGUCUUACAGUGAAUCCCAACGGUUAUUUAACGAUCCACUACAAGCAAAACUCGUUAGCAAUGUUAGGGAGGUGUUUCGCCAUGGGGACAGCUUGAGACUGACAGAGCCAGAGAAACGAGCAGCUGUGGCAGCUGCUGUUAGGGUGCUGAAAUUCCUGAAGAACAUCAGAGGGCUCUAG